AAACAAAAGGGAUUAAUUCAGGCAUUUGAAGUGGUAUUUCCUAAUUCUGAUCAUAGGUUUUGCGUUAGGCAUAUGCAUUCAAAUUUUAAAAAUAUUGGUUUCAGAGGACAAGCCUUCAAGAGUAUUUUGUGGAAGGCAGCACGAGCCACAACAGUGAAUGAGUUUAGCAGAAAUAUGGAAGAAAUGAACGAGUUAGAUGAAAAUGCAUUUCAGUGGCUGAAUGAUAAACCGCCUCAAAAUUGGAGUAGGUCACACUUCAAUACCCAUCCUAGGUGUGACAUGUUAUUGAACAAUGGAUGCGAGUCUUUCAACAGUAGUAUUUUAGAGGCAAGGGAAAAGCCUAUCGUGUCUAUGCUUGAAUGGAUUAUGGAAUAUUUAAUGACAAAGCUGCAAAAAAAUAGGGAUAGAGCAGAAAAAAAGUGGAGCGGCGAUCUAUGUCCUAAAAUAAAAAAGAGGAUUCACAAUAACAUUGAAAAACUAGGAGAUUGUAUUCCCAUCAAAGCAGAUGAUUAUCAUUAUCAAAUAUCUUGUUUUGACGGGAAUCAAUACAAUGUUGACUUGAAUGAAUGAACAUGUGGUUGUAGAAAGUGGGAUUUGAGUGGCAUCCCAUGUAAACAUGCAAUCAGUGCGAUCGUUUGUCAAGGCUGGAAAAUCGAGAACUUCACACAUAGUUGUUACAGAGUGGAGACUUAUAAAGCUGUUUAUGCUCCUGCCAUUAUGCCAAUGAAUGGCAGAAAUGAAUGGAGAAAAUCAGACUUUAUUCCUCCACUAUCUCCAAAAUUUGGUAAUCCUGGUGGCAGGCCUUGUGGAAGGCUAAUAAGAGCAAGGAGGCGGGAAUUGGAUGAGCCUGAAGAGAAGAAGAGAAAAAGAUCAAGGGGCAAGCCAAAGGUGAUUAAAAAUGCAUAUCAGCUGAAACGGCAACAAAAAACUUUAAAAUGCAGUCAAUGUGGUGUUGAGGGACACAAUAAAAGAGCUUGCAAAAUGAGGGAUGAUAAUUCGAAAGCAACACAAACUGAGGUGGCGAGGAGUGAGGUUGGUAAUCAAACUCCAAAGUUUCAGGCUGGAGAAAGAAUAUUUCAAGAUAAACAAUAUCAAGAUGGAAGUUCUACCGAAAGACUCAUAAGUGCAAGUUUUCUCGACAAGUUCAUCUCAUUUACUUACAUUGAUUAAUUUUAUUUAUAUUUGAAUUAAGCUUAAUAUUUUUAUUUAUGUAGCAGGUGAGAUUGAAACAGGGAAAUGUUCCAUACGUGCCACCAACUCAAAGAAACCAUGCAGCCUUUACAACUUCAGAUUCUAGAGUAUAUCCUCCAAAAAUGUUUGAGCAGCUACAACAAAGUCAAAUGCAAACACCGAGAGUAAAUAUCAAGGCCUCUGCUCAAUUUGUUGGUGGACAAUUCAUUCCCAGCAUGGAAAAUUGUAUCACCAAAGUAUGUUCAAAGUCA